UCUAGCAACACCAUAAAAAGUCCCAUUGAUCAAUCUUGUCACAAGUGUAAAAAUUCAAAUAGAAUCACAACAAAAAACCAAAAUGUCUCAUCUGGACUUAGUCGCUGACCACUCCAAAGAAAAAUUAACAGUUGUUCCCAAAAUUGUGAUGGACAUGACCAAUCUGAAAAUGCUUUUUCUUGAAGGAAAUUUUCUAACCAGGUUACCAGAUGAUAUUUUCUGGAAAUUACCAAGACUGAUGUGGCUGGAUUUGAGAAACAACGUACUGGAAUAUGUACCAAGAAGUAUAGCACAUCAUGAGCACCUGGAAAACCUGCUGUUGACCAACAACAACUUGCAAGCCCUUCCAAACGAACUUGGUUUGGUGCCUAAACUGAAAGCUCUACAAGUAUCGGAGAACCCCUUGGUCUAUCCUGGUAGAAAAAUUAUCGUCGAAGGCACCAAAGCUAUAAAGAACUAUCUUAGAGAACAGUUCGAAAUACUUCAUCCGAAGGUUGUUCCCACCUCAGAAAAAGCCAAAUCUGAAGACGAAGAAGAAAGAGUACUCAGCAUAGUUGAAACAGCUAGCUGCGAUGCAAUCCUGGAGAAAUCUGACAGCUCAUCCAGUAAAGAAUCACUUCCAGAAGGGCCUGAAAUGAGACGUUCUGAUCCCUACUAUCUCCAGCCACCUUUUCAAGUCAAAAAACUGCAACAUCCAACGAACGUGCGGAAAAAGAAGCUGGAAGAACCGUUGAAGAUUGUCCACAAGGUCAGCAGGAAUGGCUCCAACAGAAUAUUGCUGAGGUCCUCCUUCAACAGGAUCAGAGAUCCGAUGAGGGCCGAGGGAAAACUUCGACAGAAAUCGCUCAAAGAGGGGUGGCUCAAUCAACUGAGGAUAUUAUUGAGUGACCAAGAAAGAAUUUUGCAACAAGAAAGAAAUCUCAGGGCACUGUCAGACUGGCGUCUGAAAAGACGCACCGAAACACCGAAAGUAUUUCCACAGGAUGUUCCGAAAUUAGCGAUCCCUUACGGGACGCAUCCAGAUUACGAGAAAAUGCCUACCAGAGAAGAACUGGCUGCCCAAUUGAACUCCUUUUUCAAGGAAAAAGGCAUAGUGAGAGCUACGAAUGGUCGGAGAGGCGGGUUGGAUAUAGAAAAGUUGGUGAACGAUUUGAUGCAACAAUUGAGAGAAAUGGAAGGCCAGUAUGACGAUAAAAAAUCGCCGAGAUCCAAGAUGGAUGCAGCAGGGAAACAAAUGAAAACGGUAAUGGACAUCCAGAAGAAGUUGCUCAGUAUCAAAACAGCAAACGAUACUUCCAUCUGAAGCUAGUCGGGACAAAUAAAUUAAACACUGAUAUAGUUCUUCUUGUUGUUUAUUCGUUAGACAAACGUAGAUGCCAAGAUUUCAUGAAAUAAAUCAUUAUAAAAUAAAAUAUACGAGUGUAUGAUACAUUAUCGUAAAAAUCGCAUGAAACAAGUUUUAUUGGCAUAAAAAUCUAUAAAAAUUCACGAAAAAAAAAUUAACAAACAAAAGGCGUUCGCCUUCUCUGGAUCAGUCACUUAUUCAUCUGCGUCCACAUCUUCAGAGUCUCUAAAUCGUUCAGAAAGUACGUCCCAUCACAAUUUUACCCUUGAUCGUUUCUUGAGUAUUUUCCACGAAUCCCAAUUUUCCAUAGAAAGCGUGCGUAUAACUGUCAGUUAUGUUCAUGACCACAUGAACUCCAAAAGAUCCUGUAAAAUUCAUAAAAACUCGCAUUAACGCACACUAGGAU